AUGAGGUCUGACGAGAAUUCCCGCAAGGACCUUCUGGAACAGCGAAAUUAUCAUGCUACCCCUUCGGAUGAGUCGGUUGGCAAGGGUUCUGAUUCCCCAGAGCACCACAAGAUCAGCAUGACAAGCUACUACAAGAGCCCUCUCCAUAAAGAUGAAGGAAAGAUCAGGGCAAUGUCGCCUUCUGAUACCUCUGAUACCCCCAAUAAUGAUUUUUCUGAGCAUGAUCAAAUUGCUACCCCAGAUAAUGGUAGCAUUCCCGUGGUUCCUGCCGUCCGAAUUUUGGCAAUGGAAGAUGAUUAUUGGAGUGUGGCAAAUGCCUAUGUAUCGGAGGCGCAAUCCACCAGUGUUGGCAGCAGCAGUGCCGUCCAACCCCCCGUGUGGCAAGUGGAGACAGAUCCCCUUUGUCAUUCCAAAGCGUUUCCCGGUAUAUUUGUCUUUUUGCUGUCGUUGAUUGUGUUCUUUCGUAUGAUCAUGUGUGCCCUGCUGAUCCGACAUCGCAAGCACGGGAAUCUGCAAUUGGCACAACCCGCCGUUUUGGCCGUGUUAUUAUUGGCGGGAAGUGUUUCCAUUGGAGGAUGUGCCUUGCUGCUGGUACACACUUGUGACUAUGACACAGAAGAAGACGACUAUACCACCAUGGCACUCAACAAUCAGGCUGCCGACAUAUUCUGUCUUUUACGAGAUCCCAUCAUUUUGACUCCAUUGACACUGGCGGGGUGUAUUUUGUUGGGAAGAGUUUGGAGAAUUGUGCUCUUGCUGACACCCAUUUUGCAAGUCCACGAUGACGACGAGGAUUACGGACAAGCAAUGUGUGGUUGUCUUUGUGGGGGGAGAUUGGGACAACGACUCAAACGACACAUCAUGACGGGGCUCACAUAUUUGGCGGAUAUUCAUGGGAUACUGGGACACUACUGCCGGCAUCAUUUCCGAGAUGCCAUGCGGACACUCAUGGGAGCAAUAUUAUGUUUGCGGGGACGAAGAGACAUGGACCACAGCCAUCAUCAUCAUCAUCAUCACAACAAUACUAGUCACAACUGUCGACAAAGACGAAAGAUGGCAGCGUCCAUUCGAAGAAAAGUACCCGUACAGCAACUAUUGUGGCUCAUCUUUGUCCUCAUGAUUCCACAGCUACUGCUGCAGCUCUGCAAUCUGGUGGUCCCCCCAAUGCAAGAACACUUGCAAGUCGAUCAACAACAGCAAACUACCUACGUCAGUACUACACAAACUUCCAGUUCGGCGUAUCCACAUGAGGAUGCACAGCUACAAUCCACUAUGACUGCCACCAACGGUUUUACUGUCACGGUCCAGACCGAACAAUGGGAAUGUCGCACCAACAUGGGGAGUCCGUGGCCCACCUACUUGGGAAUCUUCUUUACCAUCAUUCCCUACAUGGCCACUGCCAUUUUGGCCUGGAAUUCUGCCGCCGAUUUGCCCAAAAUCUUUGACGAAGCCAAUGCCACCACAAGAUCCCUCAAGGUACUCAUGUUGGCCGUCACCAUUAUCGUACCACCUCGCAUCACUAUUGCCGUGACAUCGUCCAACAAUCCCGACGUCACAGUCUACUUGACGACCAUGCUCGUCUUUGCAUUGGCCAUGCCUCCCUGUUGGUUCGUGGUGUAUCCCAAAAUUUGGAAGGCAUUGCAGGAAGAUUCACGAGAUCGUGUCGCCAUUCGACGAUUGCUUCUGCGCAAGAAACAACCCAGCAUGCGAGAUUAUUCGGCCAGUCAUGACGGGACCACCACGGGCCACAACACGACACACAACAACCACAACAAUAAUAGCAACUCGGCCAAAUUGGCGCUGACCAUUGGCAAGAUGUACGAAGAAAUGGGAUUACACAGUCAGUCGUUGACACUCUUCGACGACGCUCUGGCGGUUUGGCAAGUCGAUCCCAUGCGCGACAAAAAGGAACAGGUGGGCGGAUUCACCAAGGAUGAAAUUGAUGCCUUUAGCGUGUCCGAUUUGGAAUGCGUCGUGCAGUUGCUGAUUUCCAAAGGACGUGUUCAUGGAACCUUCAAUGUCGGAGACAAGUCUGGUCCCAAAGCUGCCGCACAAGCAUGGCUGGAUGCCUUGGAAAUUUACGAAUUGGCGCCUGCGCGGUCCUUUGUGAAGGAUCGGUCCAUGCUGUUCCCAACCUUUAGCGGGCUCUUUGUCUUUCUCAAGGGAGGCAAGAUCCAAGACGACGACAAGUCAACCUUUGAACAGAAUCUCGCCAAAAAGUUUGUCCGAGAAACCAAACUACAGGGAGAUCCCGUGCAUUACACACGUGCAGUGGCCAUGCUCUGUGAGGUCAAGGCACGGCUCGGCAGAUACAAGGUGGCAUUAGAAUCCUUUGAAAUCCUCAAACAAAUCUACGAUCCCGAAGAGCAUUCGGCAGGCAUUUCCGAGGCCUAUGGGACGGAUCGUAGUGCACAAGCAUAUUCACAAUGUGCACUGUGGCAUAUGCAACUUGGACAAGAGGACAAGGCGUUGGAAGCGUGCAACUAUGUCUUAAAUGAAAUUAUGUUCUUGAUGGAUCCCAAAAAUGUGCUCAACAUGUGCGAGAUGCUCCUGCCCAUCCUUCGAAUCUACGUACCGCGAGGGGACGAAAAGAGGAUGCGAAGUUUGUUCAAAAAAUAUGUGAUUGACAACUACGAAAAGCACUUUGUGAAGCACGAUAAAACGAGCCCCUGUUCUCCAGUGUUCAAACCACUGAUGCUGCUGUUGGAUAUUCGUCACGAUCCAUCCAACUUCAAAGACUUCGAAGACAUAGUCGAAUGGUUGAUCGAAGAGGAAAAUGGGGUCGUACCUGACUUUCUCGAUAGUGUCUACACGAAGCUUUGCUGGUCUCCAAACACCAUGACGGCAGAAUUGUGCCUGAGAGUGGCCGAACAGCUGAUUGCCAGACAUGGCGAUGUGGGUGACACAGAGGCACUCAUUCUCAAAGGACUUGAACUUUGUCAAAAAGCCGACAAGAAGAUAAAAGACAAGAACAACACGGUGAAAUUGCCCAUUGCGCACGGGAUGAACGACCCCGUGUUUUCUGAACUUAAAGUCCUUGCUGUUACGCAGAAUAUCCAAUGGUUGUCGGAGGAGGAUGGGCACAACUCGACCGGAUUGGCAUCGUCACUAGGGUCCAAGCUCGAUCUCAAGAAUCUGCCCCAUGCCUACAAAAAAAACCUACGAUCUUCAGAAGGAGGAUCGAGUUCGAACCUUUCUCCGUUACUCGCCCGCACAUCGUUGGUCAGCUUCGCGACUGGGUCCAAGUCUGCGGACUCCUCUAGAGGUUCAAGAGGCAGCAGGGGCAACGAUGUGAACAUGACAAUCCCCGACACCACCAACGCUCGAAACGUUCUACGGAGUCAACUUUCGGAGAUCUCUUUGGAUAGCAAAUUCCGCAGCAGAAUCGAAUCUGGCUUUGACGAUAUCGAUGAAUUUGCCGAGGAGGAUGAAGGAGAAUCGGACCGACUGACCGAAAAGGAUCGAAAAGCCAACCUUGCCUCGCUUGUCGAAGGCGAGUCCAAGGGCGGUGAUUCACUGUCAAAAGGCAAGACAACACCGACCGUACCACCUGGAGCUACGGACGAUCCAUUCGCUGACGAUGAGGAAUCACCCAUCAUGUUUUGA